CGGCGGCGGGUGGCCAGUCAGCAGCGCGCGCUCCCGCCGCCCGCACGUGAAGUGAGUGUAGUGACAGUGACGCACAGUGCGCGGGUCGACGACCGCGCGACAUGAGCCUCCGGCCGCGGCUGCGUACGCGCCGGACCCUCCGCUGACCUCCCGCGGGAUCUUGCCGACGCACACGCUUCAAGGAACCACAUACAAAAUACCUCCAUGUGUUCCCGAGAAAAAGGGUCUUGACAGACAGACGGACGGACGGACAAAAUAUCCUGGGCGCGCGGCGCGGAGCAGGCGAGCGGCUCGAGGCGCGCCAUGCGCGGGCUGGGCGCGGGCUGGUGCAGCUGGCGCGGCGCGCGCCUGCGCUGGCUGGCGGCGCUGCUGCUGUGGGGCGCGCUGCUGGCGCUGGCGCUGCCGCGGCUGCAGCCGCCGCCGCCGCGGGCGCCGUCGCCGCCGCAGCGCGGCCUGCUGCAGUCCGAGCCCGCCGCCUCCACGCCGGCGCUCGCCGCGCAGGCCCCUCUCCUCGCCACAGACAACCGCGUGGUGUCGGAGGCGGAGCUGCGCGAGGAGGCGGAGCGGCGGCUGCCGUCGCUGCCGCUGGCGUACUGGCACAAGCACCAGAACGACAAGAACAAGUACUACAAGAAGAAGACGUGCGCACCGUUCCCCUCCAUCUACGAGCUGGAGUUCCACAACACGUACUGGCAGACGCUGCGCACCACCAACGGCACGUUCCACCUGUACGGCGCGUACCUGGACGCGCGCAACACGAGCCGCAUCGGGCCCGCGGUGCGCAUCCUCGCCGUGCACGACCGCAUCCGGCCCAAGCUCGCCACGCACUGCCAGCUGUGGUUCGAGGAGCGCGCCGAGCCCGUGGUGGUGCGCAACCUCGAGUACAAGUACGUGUGGAACAGCAAGUGGGGCAACCACCGCGACGGCGUGCUGCAGCCGUACCUGGUGGCGUGCGUGCUGCCGCCGGCCGUGCGCGGCCUCGUGCCCGCCUCCGUGAGCCUCGUGGAGCUGCCCUGCGACCGCGCCACCAACAACCUGCGCGUGCACUACGACCGCCCGCUGGACCGCCCGCGGCACGAGUUCGCCGUCUGCGUCAAGGGGCUCGACUUCCUGCACGAGGACCUGUCCGUGCGCCUCGUCGAGUGGAUCGAGCUGGUGCGCCUGCUGGGCGCGCACAAGGUGUUCUUCUACGAGCUGCAGGUGCACCCCAACAUCACCAAGGUGCUCAAGUACUACGAGGAGCUCGGCGUCGUGUCCGUGACGCCGAUCACGCUGCCCGGCGGCCAGCCGAACCUGCCCGGCCUGCAGCACAUGUACCUCAAGAAGAAGACGACACACAAGCGGCAGAUGGAGCUGAUCCCGUACAACGACUGCCUGUACCGCAACAUGUACCACUACCGGUGGCUCGUGCUGCUCGACAUCGACGAGGUGAUCGUGCCGCUGCAGGACGAGGACUGGAGCGCGCUGAUGCGGCGCGUGCUGCCGCUGUCCAAGCCGGCGGCCGGCAAGCCGUCGCGCUCCUCGUACCACGCGUCCAACCUGUACUUCCUGGACUCGCUGCGGCACGAGCACGGCUGGGAGGACGCCGUGCCGCGCUACAUGCACAUGCUGCAGCACGUGUACCGCACGCGCAACUUCACCAAGCCCGGCCAGUACGUGAAGGCGUUCCACGAGACGGACCGCGUGCUGGCGCUGCACAACCACUUCCCGCUGUCGUGCCUCGGCGAGGCGUGCUCGUCGUACUCGCUGCCCACGGAGGUGGCGCGGCUGCAGCACUACCGCGCCGACUGCGUCACGGCGCUGUCCAAGACGUGCAAGGAGCUGCGCGAGCAGCCCGUGCGCGACGCGGCGCUGUGGCGCUGGCGCGGGCUGCUCGUGCAGCGCGCCGACGCCGCGCUGCGGGCGCUGGCCUUCCUGCCGCCCGCGCCGCACCGGUGACCCCGGCACCACCACACCCAUACGCUUAGUCCCUAAUCUAUUUACGCUAGUAUUAAACGUAUUUUUGUAGUUCCUUCGACGUUUUACUCCUCUCGUGUACCCUCUCACUGCGCCGUAGCUCUCGACGUGUGUUAUUCUAGAUUGUUUCGAGAUUUAUCUACGAUCGAGCGAUAUAGACAGUGUCCGUGGCUAGCCAUAAUGUACUUAUGUACUUGGCGAUAUGGUAAACACCCGUGGAUGAUGAAUGGUAAAGAAAAGUGUGAGGUUUGUAGCGUCGAUGAUACAAGUGUGCCUGAGAGGAUAUUCAGAUAGGUAUUUGGACUGGAAAUGUCAGCGCGCGUGUGUGAUUGUUGAAUAGAAGCUGCUCGCUAUAUGAGUAUUAUACUUACCACGUAAUGCUGGACCACAUUACGGACGACCAAUUAAGUAGCGACUGUAUGUGCGAAAUAUAUGAACGCGGGUGUAGCAGAACAUACUUACACGAACUGUAACUGAACAAGUGCAUUAUAUAGAGUAGCCUGAAAUGAAAAUGUUGUAAAUUAUAAUCUAGUAAAAUAUACAAUUAACUUAUAAUACUUAAGUUGUAAUAAAAUACAAUUUAUUAUAA